CAAAGAAUUAUUUAACUUGUGGGCUCAAGGUCUUCAUUCUUCUACAUCUGACUCCCAAAAAUCCUCUGGGAUCUGGUUUCUCGAUUCUAUUUUUUUUUCUUUUUUGGCCCACCAACCAUCGACCUUCCACUCCAAUUGGCAGGGCGAGUCUAUAAAUCUGUGUGCGGUUGACUAUUAUCAAUUUCGAAAGAUAGUUAGCAGUCAUUAACUUCUCUCGAGUGGAUCUAAGCAGCCCAUCAAUGCAGCCGCCAGUCUUCAUGGGAAGAGAGGCACAUGCCGCCCGGUUGGUAUCCACCUUCUUGAUCAUGUUUUUUAGCCUAGUUACUUUCAUUUCGGCUGCCACUCAACUCGACAAAAUAGUCCACGAAAAAAGGGUGCCGAACACCUUGUGGAAGCGACAAAAAGAAUUCCAAUCAAUCGUCGGACCUUCCUUCCUUGUUUCCCUGAAGUUUGGUCUCAAACAAUCCAAUCUCGACACGCUACACGACGAAUUAAUGAAGGUCUCUCAUCCGGAUUCAUCGUCUUAUGGUCACCACUGGAGUCCCGAAAGGGUUAAAGAGCACUUUUCACCUUCUGCGCAGGCGAUAGAUGAAGUUACAGCUUGGCUGAAAAGCCAGAAAUCUCAUUUGGGAGCUCUUCAUCAGCCCCGAAUGAGUCGAGGAGGGACAUGGAUCAACAUUCAGCUCCCUCUAUCGGAGGCGGAGAAUCUGUUAGAUACCAAGUACCAUUUGUACUUACAUGAGGCAACGGGUCAGACCCACAUCGCGUGUGAGGAUUACAAGCUUCCCGAGCGUCUUUUCCGGCACAUCGAUAUGGUCAUGCCCACUGUCCAUUUUGAUACGGUACCAACUACUAAUAAGUAUCAAUAUGCGGGGUUCACAGCUCGACGGCUAGGCAAUCCAAGUAGUGGAAACAUCCCACAUUACUCGAAAGACUUUAAUCCCUCCGAAAUCUCAAAUAUGAAACACGAUCUUGCGCACUGUUCGAAUGUGACAACGAUAGAAUGCUUGAAAGCCCUUUACAAAUUUGGAGACUAUCAGAUGACCUCACCAACUAAACACACUCUAGCAAUUGUCGAGUACACGCCACAAUCAGUCAUCUACAAGGAUAUGGAUUUGUUUUUCUCAACAUUCGCACCAAAGGUCAAAGGAUCCCGUCCGAAUCUGAUCCCUAUUGAUGGAGGCGAGCUAAAUCAAGAAACAACGGAAUUUGGCUUGAACGGCGAAAGCAAUCUUGAUUUGCAAUACUCCAUGCCACUUGUGCAUCCUCUUAAUAUCUCGCUAUACCAAGUGGGGGAUCCCGAAAUUGGUGGAAGCUUCAACAACUUUCUCGAUGCAUUGGACUCCAGCUAUUGCUCUUCGCCAUUAGACCCUAUGCAAGAUGGCCUUUACCCAAAUCCACGCGGCUACCCCAAGCGUGACUGCGGGAUAGUUAACCCAGCCAAUGUCAUUUCAACAUCUUACGGUAUGAACGAAGCAGAUGCUACACCGUCUUACUUGAUAAGACAAUGCAACGAGUACGGAAAGCUAGGACUCAUGGGGACAACUUUUCUAUUUUCUUCAGGGGACAACGGUGUGGCUGGUAAUCGGGGGGUUUGUCUUAGUCGAGAUGGUAGUCAAAGUGUUGAGGGCAAGAUCUUCAACCCGUCUUUCCCGGGCACAUGUCCUUAUGUCACAUCAGUCGGCGCGACCCAAGUCUCGUCUGGUAAGACGGUCCAAGAUCCGGAAGUGGCAUGCUUUACAAAAAUACAAAGUGGUGGCGGAUUUAGCAACGUGUUUAAAAUGCCGAAUUAUCAAGCUUCAGCGGUCCAAAAUUUCUUCAAAAACCAUCCUCCGAAGAUUUCACAAGAUAGGUACAACUCUUCAAUGCGAACCAGGGGAUUCCCAGACCUCAGUGCAAACGGUGCAAACUACGUUGUGGCUGUCGAGGGUAAAUUUGGACUGGUUUAUGGGACUUCCGCUUCAGCACCGGUUGUGGCAUCGAUGCUUACCAUGAUCAACGAUGCAAGGAUAAGUGUGGGCAAGAAGCCUGUAGGAUUUAUAAAUCCAGCGAUUUAUUCCAAACGAUUUCGCAAAGCUUUUAACGACAUCAAGGACGGAACAAAUCCAGGGUGUGAUACUGAAGGAUUUUCUGCCGUAACUGGUUGGGACCCCGUCACUGGCCUCGGAACGAUGGACUUCACAAAGUUCUUGCCAAUAUGGAAAGAUUUGUGA